AUAAUCAGAGUUGUUUGGCCGUCUCUGGGAAUUUCUGUUUGUAAUUUAAAGGAUCAUUCUUGAUUUUCACCAAGGCACUGCUAGAAAUAUGAUCUUCUAAAAACCCUCUGUUCUGAUAGGGCUCCUUGAGGAUUGAUUAUGGCUUAGGAUUUUAACUGAACAUGGGGCAUAAGUAUCUCUGUGUGGCUUUCUUUUUAUGGGCUUUAACAUGCUCACUUCUUCCUGCUUCUUCCGAUGGCCUUGUGAGGAUUGGUUUGAAGAAGCGCCGCCUGGACCUUCACAGAAUCAAUGCUGCGAGAGUGGCAAGAGCAGAGGGGAAAUCCGGAGAGGGUGUAAUUGGCAUGCAUCGUUCGAGUGAAGAUAUAGUACCUCUGAAGAACUAUUUGGAUGCUCAAUAUUUCGGAGAGAUUGGAAUUGGCACUCCCCCUCAGACUUUCACAGUCAUAUUUGAUACCGGCAGUUCCAAUCUAUGGGUUCCAUCAUCAAAGUGCUAUUUUUCUAUUGCUUGCUAUUUCCAUUCUCGGUACAGGUCAAGCCAGUCCAGUACAUACACAAAGAAUGGAAAAUCCUGCGAAAUAAAUUAUGGGUCUGGAUCGAUUUCGGGUUUCUUCAGUCAAGACAAUGUUGAAGUUGGAGAUUUUGUUGUCAAGGAUCAAGUUUUCAUUGAGGCUACGAGAGAAGGCAGUCUCGCAUUUGUGUUAGCGCAGUUUGAUGGGAUACUGGGGCUUGGGUUCCAGGAGAUUUCGGUUGGGAAUGCUGUGCCAGUGUGGUACAAUAUGGUGCAGCAAGGUCUUGUAAAGGAGGAGGUUUUCUCAUUCUGGCUUAACCGUGAUCUGGAUGCAGAAGAGGGAGGUGAAAUUAUCUUUGGUGGUGUUGAUCCGAUGCACUUUAAAGGAAAUCAUACUUAUAUUCCAGUCACCAAAAAGGGUUACUGGCAGUUUGAAAUGGGAGAUUUUCUCGUUGGGAACCAUUCAACAGGCGCUUGCAAGGGGGGCUGUGCUGCUAUUGUGGAUUCAGGAACUUCCUUACUUGCUGGUCCAACUUCUGUUGUGACUGAAAUCAACCACGCUAUUGGAGCUGAAGGAAUUGUGAGCGCCCAAUGUAAGGAAGUUGUAACUCAGUAUGGAGACUUAAUUUGGGAUCUCUUGAUAUCUGGGGUCCGUCCCAACAAAAUAUGUUCACAGCUCGGCUUAUGUCUUUCUAAUGAGCCUCAGUAUGCCAGCUCUGGAAUUGAAACAGUGGUUGAAAAGGAAAACAGGAAGGUAUCAUCGCCUGGGGAUGAUCUUUCGUGCACUUUUUGUGAGAUGGCUGUUAUUUGGAUCCAGAAUCAGCUAAGAGAAAAGGGAACAAAGGACAAAGUACUCAAAUAUGUGGAUGAGCUCUGUGAGAGCCUGCCAAGUCCAUCAGGUGAAUCAGUAAUAGACUGUGAUAGCAUUUUCAUCAUGCCAAACAUUACGCUCACCAUCGGGAACAAACCUUUUACCCUCACCCCAGAGCAGUAUAUUCUGAGAACUGGAGAUGGGCUUGCUACCGUCUGCAUCAGCGGAUUUAUGGCUAUAGAUAUCCCUUCUCCACAGGGUCCUCUGUGGAUUCUUGGAGAUGUUUUUAUGGGAGCGUACCACACAGUGUUUGACUUUGGUAAUCUUCGGCUGGGUUUUGCUGAGGCUGCUUAGAGACCUGUCCGUCUGUCCUGUCCGGUGAUCAUACUUACAAGAUAUCUACAUGUAUCCUAGUUUGUUAAAUAAUGUUAAUUUAUGUAACUCCAUAAUGGUUAACAGAUAACGAUUAUGAAUAUGUUGAGGUUCCUGUAUAUAUAUGUGCAAUGAAAUGCAAGUUAUCCUGUGCUUUAUACA